AUGAGCGAAGGUGCUCAGCAUGCUCCUCAGGAGUUUUGGAAAAGACCAAAACGUUAUCAAUAUAUCACCCUCACGAACGGGAAUUUGCUGGUAAGCCUUGACCAAAUCGAUUUUGCUGAAAAUAGACGAUCCUACGAGGUUCUGACUAAAAUUAGCAAUGUGGCGGACCGGAUAGCGGUGUUAAUGCACGAUAAUCGCCACAAGGUCGCCACCCGUCCUGCCCUUUUCGCGCCAUGUGAAGUGGUGACGCCCAGGGGCUGUUUGAAGGUCAAGCUGUACCACAGGAUACCAUUUCCUUGA